AUGGGAGAGGAGGAUCAUUACACGAUCAACGACAUCCUCACCGAGUCGGAUGUGACGACGCCGCUCCUCGCCGAGUCUGCCGGUGCCAAAGGGCGUCGAGAGAAAUGGACGCCUGGGCCGGGUUUUAUAUGGAUAGAAAUUGCCAUCUUCUCAAACGUCUUUCUCUCUGGCUUUGACGGGACCAUCACGGCGUCGACAUACGCGGUUAUCGGGUCCGAGUUCAACGCGGCGAAUACAAUAUCAUGGCUGACGACGUCGUAUCUGAUCACCAGCACCGCCUUCCAGCCGCUGUAUGGGCGCUUCUCGGACAUCUUGGGACGGCGAACCUGCUUCUUCACGGCCACGAUCACGUUUCUGCUUGGAUGUCUCGGGUGCGGGUUUGCGCCCGACAUCAUCUCACUGAAUCUGAUGAGAGCCCUGACGGGGCUUGGAGGUGGAGGACUCAUGACCAUGGCCACCAUCAUCAACUCGGACAUGAUCCCCUUCCAGGAACGGGGCAUGUACCAGGCCUGUCAGAACGUCUUGCACGGAUUUGGGUCCAUCUGCGGGGCGUCGCUGGGCGGGCUGAUUGCCGACCAUAUCGGAUGGCGCUGGUGUUUUCUCCUGCAGGUGCCUGUCUCGACAUUUGCGUUCGUCGUCGGUCAUUUUGUCAUCACGAAGCACGCGACCAAGAAGUUGGCGACGGACGAGGAGUCGGAGGCCUCCAGCGCGGCCAAGCUCUCGUCGAAGUGGGAGCAGAUUGACCUCUCGGGCGCCGUCCUCUUGGUCCUGGGCCUCUCGGCGCAGCUGGGUGCCAUGACCAUGGGUGGAAACAACUACCCUUGGAGCGAUAUUCGUGUCAUUGUCGCCAUGAUCUUGAGUGUGAUUCUCAUUCUCGUAUUCGUCGUGGUGGAGCUCAGGACCAAGGCCGUCCCCGUGAUGCCCAUGUCCAUGUUACAUGGAACUCUCGCCAUCUCGAACCAGAUCAGUAAUGUAUGCGUCGGUAUGGCUGCUUACUCUUUCCUCUUCAUCUCGCCCCUGUUCUUCCAGGUCGUUCUGCGCGACAACCCCUCCGAGGCCGGCAUGCGCCUGGUGAUCCCGUCCCUGGCGACUCCUGCAGGCGGUGUUCUUUCAGGCAUCGUCAUGUCCCGAUGGGGCCGACUCAGUGAGCUCGUCAGGGCGGGCUGCUUCAUCAUGAUGGUGGGAAACGGCCUCGUCGCCUCCCUCAAGUACCAGGAUGCCUCGUGGAAGUACAUGGUCUAUCUAUUCCCCGCCAACUUUGGCCAGGGCAUCUGCUAUCCCGCGAUCCUGUUUACCUUUCUAGCCGCGUUUGACCACAGCUACCAAGCCGUGUCCACCUCGACCGUGUACCUGUUCCGCUCCAUGGGAACGGUCUGGGGCGUUGCGGCGUCGUCGACAUUGCUGCAGAACAUUCUGGCGCAGCAACUCCCUUCGGCGCUCGAGGGAAUUCCGAACAAGGACGAGUUGGUCGAUCAGAUCCGUCACUCGGUGGCCGUGUUGGACCAUCUGCCGCCCGAGGUGCAGUCGGCGGCCAGGCACGUUUACUACCGUGCCUUGAGAUAUGCCUACGUCGCCAACACUGCCGUCGCGGCCGUCGCGUUGGUAUCGGCGUUCUUUGCUCGGGGGAAACGUCUUGAUCGCAAAUAA